AUGUAUGAAGCAAGGGAGGAAGAACGUGAGAAACAAUGCGAGCCAGAAUUUAAUCUGCCAAUAUCUGAAGUUGAAUCUCAAUCUGAAGUUCACAUUAAACCCACUUGCGAUGUGCCUCAAACAUUUAAUGAUUUACCUGACCAAACUGUAAAUGAGCAUGAAGAUUCAAAUGACGAACAAAUCUCUGAAUAUGAUAUACAUGAAGAUGAGAUACCUGUUGAAUCAACUACGACCACCAGUUCGAUA